ACUGUCAAUCUAUUAUAUAUUUGUGCAAUCUGGUAUUAAAAUGCUUUCCCCAAAAGAUAUUCUGCGAAAAGAUCUGAAGUUGGUCCAUGGUUAUCCCAUGACCCGUGCUUUUGUAAGCAACUGGGAAAAAAUUGAACAGUUCCAUAGCAGACCAGAUGACAUUGUGAUAGCCACUUAUCCUAAAUCAGGUACUACUUGGGUUAGUGAAAUUAUAGACAUGAUUCUAAAUGAUGGAGAUAUUGAAAAAUGUAAGCGAGGUUUUAUUACUGAAAAAGUUCCAAUGUUGGAAAUGACUCUCCCUGGAUUAAGAACAUCAGGUAUAGAACAAUUAGAGAAGAAUCCAUCACCCCGGAUUGUGAAAACACAUCUACCGACUGAUCUUCUUCCUAAAUCUUUCUGGGAAAACAAUUGCAAGAUGAUUUAUCUGGCUCGUAAUGCCAAGGAUGUUUCAGUCUCAUAUUACCAUUUCGACUUAAUGAAUAAUUUACAACCUUUUCCUGGUACCUGGGAAGAAUAUCUGGAGAAAUUCUUAGCUGGAAAAGUGGCCUAUGGUUCCUGGUUUACUCAUGUUAAAAACUGGUGGAAGAAAAAGGAAGAACACCCAAUACUUUUUUUGUACUAUGAAGAUAUGAAAGAGAAUCCAAAGGAGGAAAUCAAGAAGAUCAUUAGAUUUCUAGAGAAGAACCUGAAUGAUGAGAUCUUGGAUAGGAUCAUCCAUCACACCUCAUUUGAAGUGAUGAAGGACAAUCCUUUGGUAAAUUAUACACAUCUACCAACCACAGUGAUGGAUCAUAGCAAAUCCCCUUUUAUGCGUAAAGGGAUGGCUGGUGACUGGAAGAAUUACUUCACCGUGGCCCAAAAUGAGAAAUUUGAUGCUAUUUAUAAGACAGAAAUGUCCAAAACUGCACUUCAAUUCCGCACAGAGAUUUAAAGUGUCUAAAUCACAAAUCUGAAGAAAUAAGAGAUUGUCUGUAGUUGAUUGAAAUGAGGGCAGUUAUGAAUUGAUUUGG